AAAACACUUCGAACUGGCAAGAUCAUCAACGGCUAUGGGCCAACCGAAAAUACCACCUUCAGUACAACUUUCUUCCUGUCAAAAGACGAGCAGUACGCGAAUGGUGCCCCCAUUGGCCGUGCGCUUAGCAACUCUGGCGCCUAUGUCAUGGAUUUGAAGCAGCAGCUUGUUCCACUUGGGGUUGUUGGGGAGCUUGUUGUCACCGGAGAUGGCCUGGCGCGUGGAUACACCGACCCUGAGCGCAACAUUAACCGCUUCGUCACUGUGGAGAUUGGUGGCGAGACUGUAAAGGCUUACCGUACAGGCGACUAUGUGCGUUACCGUCCUACAGACGGCCAAAUAGAGUAUUUCGGCCGCAUGGACGGACAAGUCAAAAUUCGGGGACACCGCAUUGAGUUGGGCGAGAUCGAGCACGUCUUCCGCAGCCACAAGUCGGUAAGAGAGGCUGUGGCUGUGGUGCAGCAGCAGCACGGAGUAGAUGAAGCUGCUCGGAUAGCUGCGUUCGUCACAGUCUACGACGGCGACGGGGUGGUUGAAGAAAAGCCUAGCGAUAACGACGACGCGAUUGACAAAGCGGAGAUGAACGAGUGGCUGGACGAGACGAUCAACACGAUGCUCAACGGCCAUCAGCCUGGCAGGGUCCUUGAAGUCGGCACAGGGACUGGCAUGAUUCUCUUCAACAUAGUCGACGGUCUCGAGAGCUAUGUUGGACUAGACCCAUCUCAAAAAGCUGUAGAGUUCGUCAAACACACAGCCAGGUCCACACCUACGCUAGCAGACAAGGUCAAGGUCUACAAGGCCACAGCGGCAGAGAUUGAUCGCCUCCCGCCUAUUGAUGCAAGCCUUGUUGUCAUCAACUCAGUUGUUCAGUACUUUCCGAGCCUAGAGUACCUUUUCAAGACCACACAACAGCUGCUUGAACUGGAGGGCGUCUCUACUCUCUUCUUUGGCGAUGUCCGGUCAUAUGCGCUACACCGAGAGUUUCUUGCAACUCGGGCUUUGUUCAUGGCUGGCGACAGUGCAGCAAAGGCUGACGUCCGUCGCAUGAUUGAUGAUAUGGAGCGAGUCGAGAGAGAGCUCCUGGUGGAUCCAGCCUUCUUCACUGGUCUGCCGGACCGCUUACCACACCUCGUAGACCAUGUGGAAAUCUUGCCGAAGAAGAUGAAGGCAACAAACGAGCUAAGCUGCUACCGCUACGCUGCUAUUGUUCAUGUCAAGCCGCGAAAUGGGCAAAAGCAGGAGCAGGUAAUUCGGCAGGUUGGACAUGACGAAUGGAUCGACUUUACGGAGCGCAAGCUAGACCGCCAGUCUCUCUCGACGCAACUUCAGAGCCUUUCCAACUUCUCUACGGUAGCCGUGAGCAACAUUCCGUAUAGUAAGACUAUUGUGAGUCGGUGCCUUGUCGACUCGUUGGACAGUGAAGUAGCCGAGACUUCCGAUUCUCCAAACUGGCUCUCGUCAGUGUAUCAGCAAGCUCAGCACUGCCCCUCCUUGUCUGCUAUUGACCUACAUGAGUUGGCGGAAGAAGCCAACUGCCGCGUUGAGAUUAGUUGGAACAGGCAGCACUCUCAGCGUGGAGUUCUCGAUGCCAUAUUCCAUCGAUACCAGCCAUGCAUGGGAAAGAACAGGAUAAUGUUCCAAUUCCCGACCGACCACGCAGAGCGGCCCCUUCACAGUCUGAGUAGCACACCGCUACGGCAACAGGUCUUGCAGAGAACCCAACAACAGCUCCAGGAGAUGCUUGAGGCCCAACUACCUGCUUACAUGAUUCCCCAGACAAUUACGUUCCUGGACGCGAUGCCAACCAACCAGAACGGCAAAGUGGACCGGAGCGCUCUCACACAGAGGACAGAAAUCCAGACAGUAGAAGGCCAAGAGUUUCAGAGAGAACUAACUAGAGCAGAACUAAAAAUUCAGGAGCUAAUGGCGCGCGUACUUCGCAUCAAUUCGAAUCGCAUUGGUCUGGAUGAUAGCUUUUUCCAGUUGGGUGGCGACUCAAUUGCGGCCAUGAAGCUGGUUGCUACAGCUCGCGAAGAGGACAUCCGACUGACUGUCGCAAAGAUCUUCCAGUACCCUAAACUCAUUCAACUGGCCGCUGUAGCCCAGGAGUAUGUUCACAUUCCAAGUGACAGUAUCGUUCCAUUUUCCCUGCUCAACCCCGAGGUUGAUGCAGUGCAGACACACCAAGAGGUGGCGGCCAGUUGCAACGUCGACAGGGGUUUUGUUGAGGAUAUCUACCCGUGUUCUCCCCUUCAGGAAGGCUUGAUGUUGCUGACGGCGAAGCGGCCGGGUGAUUACAUCAUGCAGACUGUGUUGGAGCUGCGGCCGGAUGUAGACGAAGCAGCUUUCCGACUUGCAUGGGAGAAGACAGUGGAGUCGUUGCAAAUAUUGCGAACGCGAAUCGUGAUACACAACACACUUGGUCUUUUGCAAGUUGUCAUAGCGGACAAGAUGAAGUGGGCAGAGGCAGACGAUCUGGCCAAUUACCUUGCUCAAGACAAGCUGUCAUCUAUGCAGCUUGGCGAGCCUCUUGCACGCUACGCCAUGGUACGAGACCCUCGUAGAGAAAAGAGGUGGUUCGUAUGGACGAUUCACCAUGCUAUAUACGAUGGUUGGGCGUUAAACCACAUUCUGAGCGCUGUGAAAACGGCAUACAAUGGCGCAGAACCAGAAAAGCAGUCUGGUUUCAACAACUUCAUCAAAUAUCUCAGCCAGAUGGAUCAAGACGCUCUUGCGGCGUACUGGCAGACUACACUCAGCGACUGUGAGGCGAAUGUCUUUCCACCACUUUUGUCUGGGGUGCAACAGCCAGUUGCCGAUGCAACAGCGGAAUAUCAAUGCCCGCCACUCCCCAAAAGAACUUCAAACACUACAAUCUCGACACUUGUCCGCGCAGCUUGGGCAAUUGUUGCCAGCGGCUACACCAGUUCAGACGAUGUUGUGUUUGGGGCGACAGUUACGGGUCGAAAUGCACCGGUCGCUGGUAUCGAGUCUCUGAUGGGGCCUGUCAUUGCAACAGUGCCGGUGCGGGUACGUUUGCAGAGAGACUUGACUGUACUGAAAUUUCUCGAGACAGUACAGAAACAAGGAACCGACAUGGUUCCGUUCGAGCAAACGGGUCUGCAGCGGAUUGCUAGGUUAGGGCCAGACACUGAACGCGCUUGUAGCUUUCAGACUCUACUAAUAGUUCAGCCUGCAGAGGAUGCAUUCCAAACAGAUGCCACGUUUGGAACAUGGGAAUUUGGCUCAGGACUGCAGGACUUCACGACGUAUGCACUGAUGGUGCAGUGUAAACUGGCUAAAGAGGGGGUCAAAAUCACGGCCAGCUUCGAUGCGAGGUUGAUUGAACAGUGGCAAGUCGAGAAGAUGCUGGCUCAACUAAGCUUCGUCAUGCAGCAGCUAGCACGAGGAGACUCCAGCACAAGGUGGAAUCACAGCCUACCACCCACUAUAGAGCGCUGUGUCCACGAUCUGUACAUGGACCAAGUAAAGUCCCAGCCCAAAGCGGAUGCAAUCUGCGCUUGGGAUGGUGGAAUGACAUACGAAGAGCUGGACGAACGAUCAUCACGGCUGGCACACCAUUUGGUUGGCCUUGGCGUCAGACCAGAGAGUAUAGUGCUUCUGUGCUUUGAGAAAUCAAAGUGGGUGGUCGUGGCUAUGCUGGCUGUGCUCAAAGCAGGGGGUGCCUUUGCGCCCCUAGAGCCAAAUCAUCCAGCAUCUCGCCAUCAAGAGAUCUUCGAGCAGACCAAGGCUAGGAUAGUGCUCACGUCAGCCCAAUACUCCAACCUC